AUGGGGAACCACUUUUCCUGCAUUCGAGGUGACUCGAAGAAGCCUUCCAAAAAGUGGGUGAGAAGGAAGCCCUACUCUACUACCACGGUGACUUCAUCGAGCACACUCAGUGAAAUUUUGAGAAGAUACAGCCUGUACACCACCCAGCACGGGAGGCAUCAUGGCUUCUGGAGAAAGAAGAAGGUAAACCCACAAGAAGCCUCUAGGGAGUCUCCAGCUCACAGGGGCAGAGAAGUUGGAGAGAGGCCGGUCAAUGUGAGGGUGGUGCAGGUGGCCCCUCUGAGGUGUGGCUCUAGUGAGUAUUCUGGAAUUACUCACCAAGAAAACAAUCUGGAUGCCAAGAAAGCUCCCUGUGAGGACGCUGUACAUGACAUCGUUAAUGAGGACGCUGUGCAUGACAUCGCUAAUGACGCUGUAUACGACAUCGCUAAUGAGGAUGCUAUACGUGACAUCGCUAAUGAGGACGCUGUGCAAAACAUCACUAACGAGGACGCUGUACGCAACAUCACUAAUGACGCUGUACAUGACAUCUCUAUUGAGGACGCUGUAUAUGACAUCGCUAAUGAGGACACUGUAUACGACCUUGCUAAUCAGGAUACUGUACAAGACAUCUGUAAAAAAGAAGAGGCUGCCAAGGAGUCAUUUAUACUGGAGAAUGAUUUGACUGUGGAGAGCAUAUCUGAUGAUGACGAUUUUGCAGGUCAAGAUAUGGAGGGCAUAAAAGAUGGAGAAGAGGGGUAUGCAAUGGAGUGUGGAGCAGGCAGCAUGAAGAAGGGAAGCAAGGAAGUGCGUGUGGUCCUGUUCCUUCCCUCACUUUCUUACGGACCCAUCAGAAAAACCAACACAUCCCGGGAGAACACGGAGCGGCUGCUCAUGGGGACGUUUAUAAGCACCCUCUGUGGACACACAACACCCUCAGCAGAGGUCCUGGGAGCAGGAACCAGGCCUCAGUGCCCUGUGGAUCUGACCCAGGGACAUCAGCACCAGGUCACUUUAAGGCGCUGA